GGGGGGGGAUGGGCGGCGAGGUUUAGGCGUCCCCGCUUAAUGCCCGUCCAUUCAAAUCUCCUUUUUCCAAGAUGGCGUCCAUGCGGGAGAGCGACACGGGCUUGUGGCUUCACAACAAGCUGGGCUCGGCGGACGAGCUGUGGGCGCCCCCCAGCAUCGCCUCGCUGCUCACUAAGGACGUGGUGGACAACAUCAGGGUGUGCUUUCACGGCCUCUCGUCGGCGGUGAAGCUCAAACUGCUGCUGGGGAUCCUGCACCUCCCGCGGCGGACGGUGGACGAGAUGAAAGCUUCAUUAACUGAAAUUGUCCAUCUUGCUGCAAUGGACACCGACUCCUGGGUUCAGAUGGUGGCUGAUAUUCUGAAGACCUUUCCGGAGACUGGGUCCCUGAACCUAGAACUUGAGGAACACAAUCAGAACCUACAAGAAAUUCUAGGAGAGCUCCGAGAAAAAGUCAAUGAAUGUGAAGCCUCUGCUAUGCUGCCUUUGGAAUGCCAGUAUUUGAAUAAAAAUGCUCUGACAACUCUCGUGGGACCUCUCACACCCCCGGUGAAGCAUUUUCAACUCAAACGGAAACCCAAAAGUGCCACACUUAGAGCCGAACUGUUACAGAAAUCAACAGAGACUGCACAACAGCUCAAAAAGACAUCUGGAGUGCCUUUUCUUGCCAAGGGGAGAGGCUUGGUUAAGAAAAUUGAUACCACUACUCCUCUUAAGGGGAUUCCAAAGCAAGCUCCAUUCCGGAGUCCCACUACUCCCAGCGUAUUCAGUCCAUCUACCAACAGAACACCAAUGGCAGGUCGGACACCUUUGCGCAAGGAGAGGGGCGUUAAGUUGCUGGACAUUUCUGAGCUGGAUAUGGUUGGUGCUGGUCGGGAAGCAAAGAGGAGAAGGAAGACAUUAGAUGCAGAUGUUGCAGAAAAGCCUGCCAAAGAAGAAACUGUUCUGGACAGUGUCACACCAGAUUAUGCGGUUGGUCUGGUGUCUACUCAGAAACUCGGUGCUUUAAACAAUGAUAAUCCACUACCAUCUACCAGUUAUUUGCCUGCUACACCCAGCAUGGUACCAUCAUCGUCCUACAUUCCCAGCUCAGAAACUCCGCAAGCCAACACGGGUGGAUCAGUGAGGGAGGCUUUACAGACGAAUAGACUAUCGGAAGAGUCAACAGCACCUACCUCUGGUCUGCCUGGCCAGUUCAAACAAAGAACGCCCAUUUUUAACAGCAGCUCGACUGCAUCAACUACCUCAGCCACCACCACCACCCCAGCGUCUGCCUCUGUCACUACAACAGCACAGACGCCGCCUGCACAACAGCAGACGCAACAGCAGCAGCAGCAGCAAACCCCACAGCAGCAGCCGCAAGCGCAGCAACAACAACAACAGGCACAGCCACCGCCACAACAGACACAGCAGCAGCAACAACCUCGGAGGAAUCUUUCACUCACAAGAGACCAAAUGUAUGCGGCCCAAGAAAUGUUCAAAACUGCAAACAAGGUCACUCGACCAGAGAAGGCUCUUAUACUUGGAUUUAUGGCAGGAUCUAGAGAAAACCCAUGUCCAGAGCAGGGCGAUAUCAUUCAAAUCAAACUGAGUGAGCACACAGAGCUUUUACCAAAAGCAGACGGAACGGGCAGCACCACCAUGCUGGUGGACACAGUCUUCGAAAUGAACUAUGCCACAGGCCAGUGGACCAGACUGAAGAAGUACAAGCCGAUCACAAACGUAUCCUGAGAAUUCCCAACGCUGAGAAAUCGUGGACCAAAACCAGCAUGGUUCUCCUGGUUGCCACUGAACUGAGCUUAAAUGAUUGUAUUUUCAGACGUUCUGAAAUGUCACAGGAGACACCAAUUUUUACAGAUUGUGGGGUGUGAGCAGUGGUUCCUCCUAUUUCCUGCCUUGGUGAGGUCAUCUCGUCUUCUGUGAUGUGUCCGAAGUCUUUAAAUGAUGGUCCAGACUUCCAGCGACUCAGCAUGAAAACCCGAUCUGUCAAAAGCAUGUAGAACAUUUGUUAUGGUUAGCUGACAGGAAUUACUGUGUGGUCACAACUUCGGAGUGGGUUUUUGUCUUAUUCGAAAUAUGUGGGAUGAUCAUUUCAAGCAGCUUAGAUUUGGUUCACUUUCUUUUUUAAAACAAAAAAGAAAAGCGCUGGGUUUUAAACUGGAGAGCAUUAGAAAGCCAGAGCUCUUCCUGGUACCUGGAGCCUUUCCCUCGAGAUGUUAUCAGUUUCAUAAAGUAUUGUUGCAAAGGCAGCAAGACUUACAUUUUUCUAUUUUUUGUACAGUUGUAAAGAUUCUAGGUUUUUCUCUCUCUUUCUCUCGUAUAGUGUAAGAUGUAAAAUAACAAAUUAGAUUUUCUAUGGAGACUGUAAUUAAGUGCAGUUUAAAGAAUGCACAGCCAUAAAUAGUUUGGUUUUCUGUGUUUAGACAGCUGGUUGAACUGUCAGUGCUUAAGGGACAAUAGUGCUUUUUACUGGACAUACAGUACCAAGCACAAUAAAGUUACAUUGUAACUGGUGUCAUAGU